AUGGCUCUUCUGGUGUCCUUUGCAUCCCCUACAGGCCUGGCGCCUUUUGAGGAUGAUUCCCAGUUCCUGGUCCUGUGGAAGGACAUUAACCCAGCGGCCGUCCCAGGAGAGGAGUCGUCCUGCUGCGUCUGCCACUCGGAGGCGGUGAGUCCGGACAACCGCCUGGUCCGGUGCGAGAAGUGCAGCCAUGCCUACCACCAGGCGUGCCACCUCCCCAGGGUGGUCACCGACACCGCGUGGAUGUGCCGCCAGUGCGUCUUUGCUGUGGCCACCAAGCGAGGGGGGGCCCUCAAGAAAGGCCCCUAUGCCAAAGACACGCUGGGGAUGAAGCUGGUGCUGCCCUACCAGCUGAAAGGGCUCGAAUGGGACGCUGAGCAUCUGACCAACCGGCAGCAAUGCUACUGCUACUGCGGGGGGCCCGGAGAGUGGAAUCUGAAGAUGCUGCAGUGCCGGCUGUGUGCCCAGUGGUUCCAUGAAGCUUGCACGCAGUGCCUGAGCAAGCCCCUGCUCUAUGGGGACAGGUUCUACAUCUUCGAGUGCUGCGUCUGCCGGGGAGGCCCCGAGAGCGUCCGGCGUCUCCCCCUGAGAUGGGUGGACGUGGCCCACCUCAUCCUCUACCACCUGAGCAUUUGUUGCAAGAAGAAAUACUUUGACUUUGAGCGGGAGAUCCUGCCUUUUGCCAGUGAGAACUGGGACAGUCUGCUCCUCGGAGAGCUCUCUGACACACCGAAAGGGGAACGUUACAGCCAGCUGCUCAACGCCCUGACCGGCCACAAGGACAGGUUCAUCUCGGGCAAGGAAAUCAAGAAGCGCAAAGGUUUGUUUGGCCUCCACCUGCGCCUCCCGCCCCCUGCCCCCCAGAUCGUGGACGGCUCCGAAGACCGCAGAGAGCCCCUCAUCUCCCAAAGCCGCUUCCUUUCAGGGCAGGGCAGGCGUGGGAAGCGGCCGGGCGAGCGGAGGAAGGCUCGGCGCAAGCAGCAGUGGCACCACCACCGGCGCCAGCGGCAGCCACCGGCCCCGAGCCCCACCCUGGAGCAGCGCAGCGCCCGAGAGAGGGAGAGGCUGGAGAAGGCCCUCACUCAGGAGGUGGUGCAGAACCCGGUCAGCGCUAGCCAGAGCUACGGCGGCUACAGCGGCACUUCCAGCGUUUACAACUUCCGCCGCACCGACGCCCGUUGCCAGGACAGCGCCCCGAUCCGGAUGUUCGCCUCCUUCCAUCCUUCAGCCAACACUGCAGGGACCUUGAGCACAAGCAGCAGUGGAGGAACCUCCCUCGAGUCCGGCGAUGCAGCCACCGCCACCGCCGAACAUGAGCCCCCCGAGAGGCGAGACCUGUUUUUUAACAUGAGUUACAUUUUAAGGAACUUUACACAAAGAUGCAUAUACAGGUACUGUACAUAUAAAAUAGUUAUGUACUGUACCUGUGGCAUGAUGGGGCAGAAGGUGUCCACAGCCCAGCUGACCACGGCCAUGGCCGCCACCACCACCGCCCUUCCCACUCCAUCAGCCCUCUGCGCCCCCUCCAGCAGCAGCUACUUCGGCGCCAUGGGGCGGCUGGCGCGGGGAGAGGCCGUGCGGAUCCUGGCUCGCCGCGUCACCACCGACGGCACCGUCCAGUACUUGGUGGAAUGGGACGGAGGGGGCAUUUUCUAGCCCACUGGGGCUGCACGUGGCCAUGCACUGUCGUUUCCACCCCCCCGCUCAAAAAAAGUGGACUCGCGGACUUGCUUUGCACAGCGACAGGAAGGGGUUUGGAGGAAGGACAGAAGAGGUGCCUUCUCUGAAGGGGCAGCCCCACCCAGGGGACCGAGAUGGACGUUCCUCCAUGGGGCAGAGCUUAGGGGUCGCGGCUGCUCUGUCCCCCCCCUCCCCAUGUGAUGGAUGUGGACUUUUGUAGUUUCUCGGGAGUGGGGGGGGAAGAAAAAGACACCAGCAUCUCUCCGCUCAUGGCUGUUGCUGCUUCUCUCCCAUUUUUGAUGUCCGGCGUGUCCUCCUUCUUGCACAAAAGUUUUACUUCUGCUUAUUUUUUUACUGUCUGUAGGUAAAAGGUUUUAUUUAAGGAGGCCGGUGAGAAAGGAUUCAAUGGGGGAGGGGGGGAAGCAUUGCUCCUUCUACCCUCCCCAGGGUAAAGAAAAGUGGAAGGGAGGGGGGUUGUCUGCCCUCCUCCUUACUCUGAUGCCCCCCUGCGCCACUGCUUCUGUGCCCCACGGCUGCUGCUGCUGCUCUUAAAGCGAACUAUGUACAAAGCCCCCCCCGACCCCACCCAUUCUGAGUAAUAAAACCGCUUCCAGUAGA